UUAUAACAAGUUGGCAGCACUGCUCUUACAUUUGUUUACUCAUCCGAUUCGACACAACUUUAAUGGGUGCUUUGUUUGGGAAAUCUAGUAAAAAGACGGCUCCUAGUCGCAUUACCGACCAUGACAAAGCUGUGUUGCAACUGAAGCAGCAGCGGGAUCGUCUUAAGCAAUAUCAGAAACGUAUUGAGCUGCAGCUGGAAAAUGACAGAUUACUCGCCAAAAAGUGUCUGCAGCAGGGCAGAAAGGAUCGGGCCAAGCUCUUGUUGCGCAAAAAGAAGUACCAGGAAAGUUUGCUCUCCAAUGCCGACCAGCAACUGGAAAACCUGGAAAAGUUGGCCGCCGAUUUGGAGUUUGCCCAAGUGGAAAUGAAGGUACUGGAUGGCUUGAAGCAAGGUAAUGCCGCCUUGAAGAAGGUACACGAAAUGCUGGACAUCAAUGAGGUGGAAAAGAUUAUGGACGAAACACGAGAGGGAAUUGAAAAGCAGCAGGAAAUCGAUGCCAUAUUAACGGAUGUGUUGACCACACAAGACGAAGAGGAUGUGCUGGCCGAGCUCGAUGCACUGGAGGCUGAGGAGCAAGGUGUGCAGUUGCCCAGUGUGCCCAGUGAUGAGCUGCCAGCCAGUGUGGAAGUGGAGGUUGAGGAAGGACAAGAAGUCGAGACCAAAGCAAACAAAACAAAGACCAAGGCAAAGCAGGUGCUAGUUGAGGCCUGAAACUAAUAACUAAUCUUAACGCUUUAUGUAUUUAUGUAUCCUGUGUAUAUAAGUCCGAUAUGUAACACAUAUUUUUAUAAGAACAUUUGCUAAACAGAUUCGAAA